CCCCGCGGUCCGCGCCCCCUUCUCUUUCAGCCUCGGGCUCUGGGGAGGCUCUGUGGACCUGCUGACUGGGAAGCGGUAUGGCAGCGACUCUGGGCAGCGGGGAGCGCUGGACCGAAGCUUAUAUUGAUGCAAUUAGAAGAAACAAAUACCCGGAAGACAGACCUCAUGAGAGUCCUGACCCCUGUGGUUGCUGUAACUGCAUGAAGGCACAAAAGGAAAAGAAGUCUGAAAAUGAGCGGACUCAGACGUGGCAGGGGGAGGGAAGCUCUACUUACAGUGAGGAACAGCUGCUUGGGGUACAAAGAGCGAUCAUUGGAGGUCCGGACUGCGGGCCCUGGGAAGAGUCGGCUGUUAAGCAGGACAGGCAGCGGCGGCAAAGACACCUGGCGGGCCGGAUAAAUGUCCUAGCAAAGACUGUGCUAAUGUGCUUCUUUUUGUUGGUUGCAGCAAUAGGAAAUGCCUUUGCAGUCCUGAGCAAUCCUGAUAAGAGACUUCGCUAUGACGAAUAUGGAGAUGAGCAAGCUACUGUCACUGCCCCUCGAGCCAGACCUUAUAAUUAUUAUAGGGACUUCGAAGCUGACAUUACUCCAGAAGAGCUAUUCAACGUCUUCUUUGGAGGGCAUUUUCCUACAGGAAAUAUUCAUAUGUUUUCAAAUGUGACAGAUGAUACUCGCUAUUACCGCCGGCGGCACCGACAUGAGAGGACGCAGACACGGAAGGAAGAGGAAGAAGAUAAACCUCAGACGACAUAUUCUGCAUUUAUUCAGCUACUUCCAGUUCUUGUGAUUGUGAUUAUAUCUGUUAUUACUCAGCUGCUGGCUGCUAAUCCUCCAUAUAGUCUAUUCUAUAAAUCGUCAGAGUCGGAGUUGACUAAUUUGGCAGGAUUAUACAGAGAUGAACGAUUGAAACAGAAAGCAGAGUCGCUGAAACUUGAAAACUGUGAAAAACUUAACAAACUUACUGGCCUACGCAGAGGUGGCUGAGAGGAUACUGAUCCUACGCAGGGCCUUCCUGUGGAGAUGAGCUGCUAGGAUUGAGCUGCCCAGAUUAUCUUGAAUCUUUGAACUUGAAAGGAUCGCUAGGUGAGUGUGGUCUACAUUCUAUGUUCUCUUUAGGUUGGAAGAAAAGUUUCUAUUGGAAAAAGAGUCUACAUUAAAACUGAUUUCCAAAGUAAAGUUUCUUCAUUCAGAUGCAUGCCCAUGAUUUAGACAACACUGUCUAGCAUAGUUCAUCAUUAAACAUUCCACAGUAGAUGGGUUUAUAGGUAAGGAAUGGGGGUUUUGUAGGCCAGUAGCAGACAAUGCUUAGUUUAGGGGGGGGAGCUUUUCUAGAAAAAGCCAGGUUUUGUAGCCCCGCCAAGCCUAUUCUGGUUUUGAGGGACCUCCUUAACCCCCUCUAAGAAACUAAAGGAUGUGCCCAUGAGCCAAACAGGUUUAUGGAAAGUUGUUUUCCUAUACAUACAAAAAUCAAAGCUUUCCCCUCCCCAACCCCAACCUCUGCUAGAAAAUGGGCCAUAAUGAAACUGAGUUGGCAGGCUAAAAGACCCUGCUCUAGUCACACAGUGAUGAGUUACCUGUGAUAAUACAAAACAGAGGCAAUAGUAAUUACCUCCAUUAAAUGUUACGUCAGUUGUCUAGUUUUUAUAUCGCUGAUGGUACUGUCUUAUUACCAGCAGACCACAACACUCACAUUGGUUUCUUUCAAGUGAACCAUACUUUCUUUUGGUUGAAGAAUAGUUUAAUCUAUGUGGUACUGUUCAGAAUAUUGUUAAACUAUGAUUUCCUGCCUGGUUUAUGUUUUAGAUGAGUUGUCUGCAUGGUGGUAAAAUAGCUUUUUCCUCUUGCCCACAUCCUUUGGAAGAUUUCCUGAUCAUAUAAAAACUCUUUAGGUAAAGCUUAUUCAUGCUAUCAGAACUUGGCACACAGCUCUAGACUGUUAUUUUGGGCUAUUACUGCAGAUUGGAGACAUCUGUGAUAGGAGUGGGGCUCAGAAAUAAGGCUGAAGCUCUAGCAGAAACUGAAGCUCUCAUUCAAAUGAAAAUGCUCUCUGUAGUGAGGCAGGAAGGAUGAAAAAAAUCCUUCUCAACACAAAAACACUGCGGCUUGAAGGAAUCUGUGUCCCCAGAUUAGCAACUGUAGGGCUCAUCUAUUCAAGCCAGAAAACUUCUAAGCUUCCUUGAUAAGCUCCAGGCCUCAUGAUUUGGGAGAAGUGACCAGUAAGAAGAUGCUGUUCCUGGCUCGGCACCUGUAGCACAGUGAUUGCAG